AUGGGAUUUCUGGAGCUAUUUUCUGUUGCUUCUUUCCCUGUCAUCAAAGUUCUACUACUCACUGCAAUUGGUUUACUUCUUGCAUUGGAUAACAUAAAUUUGUUGGGAAAAGACGCAAGGAAUCAAACCAAUCAUCUUGUACAUUAUGUGUUUAAUCCUGCUUUGGUGGGUGGGAAUUUGGCAGCAACAAUCACUUAUGAGAAUGUUGUUUUGUUGUGGUUCAUGCCGGUGAAUAUAUUGGUUACAUUUUUGUUAGGCUCGGCCUUAGGAUGGAUCAUUAUUAAACUCACAAGGCCUCCGAAAAAUAGCGAAGGUCUCAUAGUAGGUGUUUGUUCUGCAGGAAACUUAGGAAACUUGCCAAUAAUUAUUAUUCCAGCAAUAUGUAAAGACAAAGGUAGUCCUUUUGGAGAUUCUGAUGUCUGCUAUCAAUAUGGAAUGGCUUAUGCUUCACUUUCUAUGGCAAUUGGAGCUGUUUUUAUAUGGACUUAUGUGUACAACAUAAUGCGGAUUUCGUCGAGUAAAGUUCAGAAAGAAGGUAACGAAAGUAGUAAGUCCAUCGCAUUGGCGAACUCAGAGGAUGUAUCAGAAUCACUUAUAGAGGGAUGCUCAGAAAGUAUAAAUUCAGCAAAAGGCAAUGUGGAUGAUGCAUACAGACAAUUGCUUUGUAAGAAUGAAUCUGAGCAUAAGGUGCAUAUCUUAGAUAAAAUUAAGCAUAAAUGUGGAAAUUUGUUGAGCAAUCCAAAUUUCAGAGGCAUAUUUUCACCGGCAACACUUGGCGCGAUUGUUGGAUUUACUAUUGGUGUAGUCCCUCAGUUACAUAGUUUAAUGAUUGGAGGCAAUGCUCCUCUUCAUGUAAUUGAAGACUCAGCUUCCAUGUUAGGUGAUGCUGCAAUUCCAACAAUAACACUUAUAAUGGGUGCUAACCUUCUUAAAGGAUUGAAGGGAGCAAGUACUCCAUUUUGGACAAUUAUAGGAAUCAUAGCAGUGAGAUAUAUUAUGCUACCAAUUUUUGGUGUUGGAAUUGUUAAAGGUGCAACACAUUUGGGUUUGGUGCAAGUUGAUCCUUUAUAUCAGUUCAUUCUUCUUCUCCAAUAUGCACUUCCACCAGCUAUGAGUAUAGGCACUAUAGCUCAAUUAUUUGGAGCUGGUGAAAGUGAAUGUUCUGUGAUAAUGUUGUGGACCUAUGCAUUGGCAUCAAUUGCGGUUACUCUUUGGUCAACUUUUUUCAUGUGGCUUGUGGCUUGA